UGUAACCACUUCAAAUUAAUUACAGUUACCUCCCUUAAUAAUCAUCGGUAACAAUAAUUUUGCUAUCUACAAAAAUACUUAAUAUUAACUAACUUACAGGAACUGUCAUCAGGCAUGAGAUACUUUAUUGGUGUAGAUGUUGGCACAGGUUCUGUUAGAGCAGCCCUGUUUAAUCAAGAUGGUAAACUUGUUGCCACUGCAUCUAAAGAGAUUCGGAUCUGGAACCCGAAACCAGACUACUAUCAGCAGUCCUCAGAAGAGAUUUGGUUAGCUGUUAUAUAUACAAUUAAGACUGUAUGUGACACAGGAGGCGUAGGCAAAGAGGAUGUGGGCGGGAUUGGAUUUGAUGCCACUUGCUCAUUGGUCAUCAGAGACAAAGAGGGAAAACCCCUGUCUGUUUGUCCAGAAGGAACAGCAGAAUGUGACAUCAUUAUGUGGAUGGACCACAGGGCUUCUGAGGAGACAAACAUUAUUAACGCUACCAAACAUGAUGUUCUGAAAUACACAGGAGGUGGUAUUUCGGUCGAAAUGGAACCUCCCAAAUUACUUUGGCUGAAAAGGAAUUUAAGAGAGAAGUGCUGGGACAAAGCUGGUCAUAUGUUCGACCUUUGUGAUUUUCUUACUUGGCGGGCAACAGGUUCUCUCAUAAGGUCUGUAUGUUCUGUGUCUGCCAAGUGGACGUAUACAAAAGAUAAGCAGUUUGACCCGAAGUUUUAUAAACUAAUAGGACUAGAAGAUUUAUGUGAGAAUAACUUUGAAAAAAUUGGCAAUGAUAUACAACCUCAGGGUAAGCCGUGCGGUUCUGGACUGACACAGCAUGCAGCAGAUGAACUGGGGCUCAAACUUGGCACAGCAGUCUCAGUGGGAAUGAUAGAUGCACAUUGUGCUACUAUAGGUUGCCUUGGCUGUAUUCCAAAAGACAGCUCUAUAACACUACCUCCAUUGACAAGCAGGGUUGCUAUGAUCAGCGGUACAUCUACAUGUCACAUGCAGUUAAGUAAGGAGGCAAUAUUUGUACCAGGAGUAUGGGGUCCUAACUGGUCAGCAAUUGUGCCUGGAUUUUGGAGUGCUGAAGGAGGGCAGAGUGCUGCUGGCAAACUGAUGGACUUUGUAAUUGAGACUCACUCAUCCUACCAAGAUGCCCUGAAACAGGCUACAGACAGGAACCAGCAUAUAACAGAUUAUUUAUAUGAGCUGCUUGAGAAGGAAGCCAGGAACCAGGGACUAACAAGUAUGGCAGAACUGACCAAAGAGUUCCACAUGUGGCCAGAUUUUCAUGGCAACAGAUCACCACUUGCUGACCAUACUUUGAAAGGGAUGAUCAGUGGUUUGACACUAAGAUCAGAUGAUGUUGGUCUUGCUAUACUUUAUCUUGCCACGGUACAAGCACUGGCUUAUAGUACAAAUCAUAUACUCACUGAGAUGAGGAAAAGUGGACACAGUCCAGAUAUUCUGUAUGUAUGUGGGGGACUCAGGAAAAACAAGCUGUAUAUACAAACCCAUGCUGAUGCUACAGGUCUACCGGUUGUUGUACCAGACGAGAAAGAAUCUGUUCUUCUAGGAGCAGCUAUUUUAGGGGCAACGGCAGCGGGCUUACAUCCUACAAUACAGUCAUGUAUGGACAACAUGUGUGGCUCUGGUGAGAUAACUCUACCAACAAAACAAGAUAUACAGUACCACAAGAAGAAAUACCAAGUGUUCUUAGAGAUGUAUGCGGACCAAAGAAAAUACAGGGACUUGAUGACUCAGUAGAACUGGUGGGCAUAGACACUACAGUCAAUAUUAAUUGUUGUAAAGUCACCCCCCUAGUAAAGAUAAUGUCUUGUUAGGGGGAUGAUAUUUAAUAUUUGUAUAAUCAUAAUGUAGAAAGAGAUCCUUGUGGCCAUAAUUAGUUUUUUGUUGAAAUUGUUAAAGGCUCAUUUUGCCUCAGAAAUGCUUUUAUUUUUAUUUCUUAAAUUUUUGUGUAUUUUUAUAGCAUCCAUAAGUUACUCAUUGGCCAAUUACCUGAAUCUGUUGCUUUUUGGCAAUAAGUACACCUAUAGUGAAUUUGUAUUCGUAUGGAAGUCAAAAUAAUGUGCCUUUAAAGCCACCAUGCCUCCAGAUUAGUGAACUUGAAUUAAAAAAAUCAAACUGUAGGAAAAUAUAUGAAGGUUUUAUGAAAAUUAUAAAUAUUUACAUUCCAUGUAAUGGUUUAAGUGCAAUAGAAAAGAUAUGAUUGGAUUUGAUAUUUCUGUCAGCAUACCCUGGCACUAAUUGAUUUAAGGGCAUUUUAUCUUUCUUUUUUUCAUUUUGACAUACAUGUGAUUAUAUUUAGUAAUUUAUUAGGAUUAUUAUUAGUGCCCUUUUCUUAGUUAGGUCAAAUUAAGGUUAAGGUGAUAUUGUUACUCAUAUUCAAUUUAGAAGGACUUAACCUGUUAAUGCACUAAAGGUGAUGAUAUCAGAAUGAUUCAAUAUGUUGAUUUUGUCAUAUGUGUUGUUUUGUCCAAGUACGAUUCAAAUCCAUAAGUAAAUAACAAAGUUGUCAAUUUAAGCAAAUUUCAUUAGUUUACUACUUUAAACAAAUUUUUAAAUUGAUUUUCAUAGCAAUUCAUAGAUCUGGAGGCAUGCUGGAUGAUUGAAUUGUUGUGUCCAUUAUGGUAUAUUCAGAUAGUCUUUCAGACAAAGUUUUAUAUGGCUAUUAUCUAAAUGCAAUAUUUGAUGUAACAAUUUUAUACUAGUCUUUUACGCAACUUUACUAAGAUUUUAUUUUAUAUAUUUGUGUAUACUAUAUUGUGUAUAAAUACAUGUUAAAAUGUAAAGUAUAAAGUAUUUGUAUGUGUUUCAAGAAGUUUUAUUUGCUCAAUAGGGAAAGCGUUUUAUUUUCCUAACAGAGUUUUUCGGCUCAUUAAAUAAUUUAUCUGUUACAGUUUCACUGGAGGUGAAAUAUAUGAAUCAACAUAUCUUAUAUUCAAUACACAAACAUCUCAUGCUGAGAAGUUACCCGUGGAUAAAUUUGAUAGUUUAAACCAUUUGAAGUACUGGUAUAGAAAUGCUGAACUGUAUCUCCAUUUUUAACAGGACUACAAUACAGCCAAAAUAUUUUAAUUGAUUCUUGAAAAAAAAAAUAAAUAAAUAGUA